CUGCUCGCUCUGGAGUCCGGAGCAUUUACCAUAAAGAUCAGAAUACGUGGGCACUUCAAAUUUAGGGGCGGCUCACUUCACCAUGUAAACUCGAGGAGCGGCUGGCUUGACCGCAGUCAUCUCCCGGCCCUCUCACAGUUAGCAUUGUGUGUCUGUGCUAAGUAGGGUUAUAGGUUAUCAGAGAUAUGUUAGAAAAGACUUCAGCUUUGAGUUGAGUUCUCCUUCUUUGACUCUGACGGGUUUCAGGAUCUUAAAGAUUUCUUCAGACGGCGGCUGCUCGCUGCGGUUAUCAGAGAUAUAUCAGAAACAACAACAUGUGGAUACGAAGAGGAGCUCCACCGACACAGGAAAAGAUGGAUGUGAUUUUAACACCUGAAAUCAAGCUGCAGAGAGCAGCAGACAUUCAGCAGCUGAUGAUGAGUAAAGGAGACCUCAGCCCUGAGCAGCAGGACUGGAGCUUCCUUCUGGAGGACACUAAGCCCCCACACAUCAAAGAGGAACAGGAGGACCUGUGGAUCAGUCAGGAGGGAGAACAGCUUCAAGGACUGAAGGAGGCUGAUACCACCAUGUUCCCCUUCACUCCUGUCUCUGUGAAGAGUGAAGAUGAAGAGAAACCUCAGUCCUCACAGCUUCAUCAGAGACAAACUGAACAGAUGGAAACAGGAGUUGAUGGAGAGGACUGUGGAGGAGCAGAACCAGAGAGGUACUCAGUCUCUGGUUGUAAACGUCUCUCUGGAUCUGAGGUCAAGAUUGAAGACUCUUGUGGAUCUGAUGACAGUGUUGACAGUGACUUUUGGAAAGAUACUAGAGAACGCAGGCAAGAUUUGAAAUCUGUAGAAAACGUUCAAAGUAAGAGAACAAAUGUGGAUGGUAAUUCAUAUAGCUGCUCUGAGUGUGGUAAAACAUUCAAUAAGAAACCGAAUCUGACCAGACACAUAUUUAUGCACACAGGAGAGAAACCCUUCAGCUGCCCUCUUUGCUAUAAAAGAUUUAAUAGAAAAUGUGCUCUGACCACACAUAAGAGAAUUCACGCAAGAGAGAAACCAUUCAGCAGCUCGGAGUGCAGUAAAAGAUUUAACCAAAAAGUGGCCUUGGCCGGUCACAUGUUAGUUCACACAAUAAAGAAACCCUACAGCUGCUCUGAGUGCAAUAAAAUAUCUUCUGAUAAAUCAUAUCUGACCAAACACAUGCAAAUACAUACUGGAGAGAAACUCUUUAGCUGCACUGAUUGUGGGAGAAGAUUUAAAUUUAAGCGUAAUCUGACACAUCACAUGGUACAUCACAGAGGGGCAUCAGAGCUUCAUCAAAACCAAACUGAGGAGAAGAGACUGGCAGAGACAAGGGUUGAUAGAGAGGACUGUGGAGGAGCAGAACCAGUUAGAAACUCUGAUCCUGUGAGAAAUUUACAAUUAGAGACUCAGGACAAGAAGGAUGACUCUUCAGAAGCUGAGACUGACAACAGUGAUGAUUGGAAAGACACAAUAGAAGAACAUGACUCGGGUUUAGUCUCUGUGAUAAACAUAACUAAUAUGAGACUGAAGACUGAUAAUAAAUCUCAUGGCUGCUCUGAGUGUGGUAAAACAUUCCACAAUAAACGGAAUCUUACCAGACACAUAUUAGUGCACACAGGAUAUAAACCCUUCAGCUGCUCUUUUUGCAGUAAAAGAUUUAACAGAAAAUGUGCUCUGACCACACACACAAGAAUACACACAGGAGAGAAACCAUUCAGCUGCUCUGAGUGCAGUAAAAGAUUUAACCAAAAAGUGGCCCUGACUAGUCACAUGUUGGUUCACACUAGAGAAAAACCCUACAGCUGCUCUGAGUGCAAUAAAAGAUUUACUGAUAAAUCAUAUCUGUUAAAACACACGAGAAUACAUACAGGAGAGAAACUAUUCAGCUGCACUGAUUGUGGUAAAAGCUUUAACUUUAAGCAAAGUCUGACACAUCACAUGGCAAAUCACAGAGGGGCAUCAGAGCUUCAUCAAAACCAAACUAAGGAGAAAAGACUGACAGAAGCUGAUGGAGAGGACUGUGGAGGAGCAGAACCAGAGAGGGACUCAGAUCCAGAGAGACAUUUACAACCAGAGAUUGAGGUCAAGAUCGAAGACUCUUCUGAACCUGAGACUCCGGACAGUGAUGAUGAUUGGAAAGAGACAACAGAACAUCAGUCAGGUUUAAACUCUGUGAAAAACAUCAUAAGUAAGAGACUGAAGACUAAUAAGAAAUCCCAUUGCUGCUCUGAGUGUGGUAAAAUGUUCAACAAUAAACGGAAUCUUUGCAGACACCUGAGAAUUCACACAGGAGAGAAACCCUUCAGCUGCUCUGUGUGUGGUAAAAGAUUUAACCAAAAAGGAAAUCUGACCUCACAUAUGUUGGUUCACACAGGAGAGAAACCCUUCAGCUGCUCUGUGUGUGGUAAAACAUUUAAACAGAAAGCGACUCUGACCAAACAUGUGAGAAUUCACACCGAAGAGAAACCCUUCAGCUGCUCUGUUUGCACUUAAGGAUUUAACCAAAGAGGGGCAAUCAUAAUCAUGUUGGGACACUCAAAUUUGGUCGCGGGCUGGAAUAGUCCAAAUGACUCGCCAUGGGGGCUGAACUAUUUAUUCCAACAUCAAUAUGCAGGGCCGGAGAGGGACUCAUUUUCAGCCCGGGAGUUUCAUGGCUCAGACCAGCCAAUUUAAGUUCAGAUCCUUUCCCUGGAAAUAUAGGCUAUAAUUCUAUCUAGUUCCAUUCAAAGCAUAAGCCUACAGUGUUUCCCACAGGGUUUUAUGAGACUAUGGUGGGGGGACACCAAACUGCCUAGGGGGGUCCGGGGGCAUGCACUUCUGUGAGAAAAGUGUGCACAUUUUAAAGUUAAAUGCAUCAAUUUUGUGCAAAAUGAACAGGCUAAAUGUAUGAAAAACUUAGUUCUCUUUUAACAAUUUUGUGCUCUUGUAGUAAUUAAAAACAAAAUCCAGAGGCUUACGUUGCCUAAAAUGUCUAUCCCAGCAAUUCAAAGUGACUCACUCAACAUCAAAAGCAUAAUGACAAAAAAUAUCAGUCAUCAGCACAGUGGCUUGAAAUUGGCACCAUGUAGAUACGUCAGGACAGAAGCAGGCACCUCCUUUAAACUCAGGCUCUCAUUGGCUGUUGUAGGAUGUGAACAAAGAAAGGAAUGUCAGAAUUGGUCAAAUGAGUUGUCAAUCUAAAUAUUUGAGUGCAGCUGCCAUUGUGAGAUAUCUCAGUUGAAAACAUUGCUCUCUUUGAUGCCAGAUGUCAAAGUUUGAACACUUAACGAGGACCACGACUUCAUGGUCAUCGCCAGCGACUUUAUCUGGAAUGUGUUAAGCAGUCAGGAGGUGGUGGACUUCAUCAGAGGAUCAAACCAGACAAGACUGGCAAAGUCUGUGCCCUCUCAUCAAUCGUGGAAGAGCUGCUAGACCACAGUUUGGCUCCUGACACAUCUGGAGACGGGACGGUGAUAACAUGACCUGUGUCAACAUCACCCUCCGGCCGCACCCUGCUCAGUCUGACGACAAAAAGAAGAGGAAGCAACCGGAGGAGGCAGAAGGUUUGAUGAUGGCCACCAUGACCUGCAUGAUACUGGCAGAAUAGCUCAAUUACAUCCAGGUUGCUUUCCAUUCUGAGACAUGCCUAAGUCUCCGUGUAGAUCCCUCAUCACAGAGCUUUUGUUUGUGUCCUAAAAGUGCUGUAAGGUCCAUGAAUUACUUUUGAAGUCACUUUAUCACUUCCUCCCAAAAUGUCUGCAAACAAAUGGACAAAGGUAAAAGAUAAAACCAAACAAUAUUUGUGUCCUCUGAAGCCCAAACUGAAAUGUGACAUGGUGUGGGAAUUGACUGUUAAUCCAGUGUUGGAUUGAAUGUUUUGGUACCCUGUUUUAGGUUUCUCUCAGAGUUUCUUUAAGCUCAGUUUGUAGGUCACAGUUAAGACUUUAAGAACAAUGUAAGGAUUCUGGUCAUUUGUCCAGUCCUUGAUUCCUAUUGACACCCGUUCACAAGUGAGGAUAGUUUUCAGUCUCUCUACUCAUCCAAGAUUUUCAUUUCUGCUUUGUCUUGAUAAAGAUCUGUACAUUUCCAAACAGAAAAGAAGUGGGCAUUUUGAGCCUGCUCACUUAGUUGGAAACAUAACGGCAUGGAAACAUGACAGCAUGGAAACAUGUAGUAAGAGGAGGUGUUGAAGUCCUGGACUAACUCUACAAAAACAGCUUGAGUCCAGGACUUAAAAACGUCCACCAUCCGAUUCACGCUUCUUGUUUUCCCUUGUAAAGCUUUUUUUUGUUUAUUUUUAUUUUUGCACACAAAACAAAUCCACCAAUAACAAAGAUAGACAAUAUAGAGUGAAGGGAGGAGCAGAAAGCUCCGAACUCGUCUGAAGCCUCCUCUUAAACAUUAAAGAAUCACAUAACAUGAAAUAACCUGUAGGUCAUGGGUUCAAAGUAAGAACUGUUUAUUUUUCCAUGUUGGCUGAGUAAGUUUUACAGUUUAUAUAGAAAUCCUUUUUGACAGCACACUCUGAUAACACCUUUAUGUUGGAGUGUGGAUGGGAUGCCAAUGUUAUUUUUGGAGUGGAAAUAGGAUCUAAAGAUCAGAGCACAGAGACAGUGUAACUUUGUAGAGGGUUUCUUUAUUUACCGAAGCCUCAUUUAAACUACAUUGUGUGACUAAGUUUGUUUCUAUUGUACUAUUUUGUCACCAUGCCCUUUUUUCUGUGAAUACUUUGUAAUUGUAAUUUGACUUUUUUUCCUUUGUAUUUGUGGGACAUUUGGGGUGCAUACUCUUGACACCAGUAUGAAAGUACACACAAGUACACUUUUUAAAUCAUGAGAAAAAAAGAAAACAUUUCUAGUACAGUA